AUGGCAUCCGGCGAUAAUGAUACACAUAGGCUUAUUCGUUUUCAAGCUUUUCAUCCGAUCACAUAUCUGAAUCGAUGGUUUACAAUUCACAUCACCAAUCGUGAAAUAUUAAAUGAACUUACUCUACGUGCUCCUCAUUGUCGAAUUUAUCCAAUUCUAAAAUAUCCUUGUCGUGUUUAUUUAGUUGAAUAUGAAAUAAAUCAACGGAUUCGUAUUUGGUUCGAUGACCAAGAAGUUCAAGUGAAAAAAUGUUCAGAUUAUAUGGAUGAAAAUUAUUCAUCCGAUGUUAUGCAGCCAUGUUGGGUUUGUCAAUGGAUUGAUAUAAAUGAGAAUUGGUUCAUUGAUCCCAAUGAAGAUAUAGAUGAAAAUACGAUCGAGAAACCUGAUUUUUAUCGAUUAGCUGGUGAUCGAUACGUCAAAUUCGGUGAUGGUGGUGAAGCAUUUCUGGUUUAUCCAGUAUGGGUUCAUGAACGCCUGCCCGUUAGUGAAUCACGUCGACAACGACUUUUGAAUUUUUUCUAUAAACUCAACGAAGAACAAAAAGACUUUCAUCCACACCCAUCGCCUGUUCAAGAUAUUAUUGAUCCAGAUUUACUACCUUGCCGACCAGCGCCAUCAUUCGAUCGAAAUGAAUGGAUUGCACGACGAUUAAAACAAUUACAAAAAUCUGAUUAUAAAAUAAGACAUUUCAAACGAGAUUUGGAUGAAGGAGAAUAUAAUGAUUUUUCGGAGCAUGAAAAAUUACGAAAUACUUAUCAAUGGUUACCGUCAAAUUUCGUUACUGAUAAAGAUGGAAAAGUUGAUAUUAAAACACCAAUUCAUCAUUUACCUAUUUUAUCAGAAUAUCGGCAAACUUAUGGUGAUAUUGCACAUAUAUUUCAUUCAAUGUUACCUUUAUUUGAACAAUUGAAACUAAUCAAAAUGAAUACAGGUCAAGAACAACGAUUGCAAGUUAUUGUUAAAGCUCAAAGUUAUAAUUUAAAAGCAGGUAUGAAAUAUGCCGGCCGAUGGCAUACCGAAGGUCAAACAGAAAAUAUUGUUGCUGUUGGAGUUUAUUAUUUACAUGUUGAUGAUCAGCUCGAAGGGGGCGGACUGAAAUUUCGUCCAAAAUAUGCUCCUCAAGAUUGGUACGAAGGAAUCGUAACUCAUCAUCAAGUAUCAUCUGUUAAAACUGGUGCUUGUGUUGUUUUUUCUAAUUCAAUUCCACAUCGUUUUCAACAAAUUCGAAAUUUAACUCCUGAUGAUGGCCGCCGUCGGACAUUUCUUAAUUUUUUUAUUGUUGAUCCCGAACAGCAGAUACCGUUGAGAUCAGAUAGUGUCCUUUGUACACCGAAAGAUACGAUUAUUGAAACACUUCGCGAAUGGAAUAAUGGACGCUUGCCGGAUAUUGUUUUAGACAAAAUUUUAAAAUAUUUGAAGAUAUCAUCUGCAUGGGAUAAUCAAAUGGAAGCUAAAGAAUUUCGAACUCGUGUUCGACGCGCCAUGCUAGAUGAAAAAUCAGGUUGGGGUUGGAUAUGUUGGGGUAAUUGUGGAACAACAGAAUUCGUUCCAUCACUAUCCACAUGGUCGCCACGAGAAAGAAGCGAAGCAAGAGAUACAUUACAGCAUACAGAAUCAGAUUGA